CGCCAAACACUGCGAUUAGCUUGGAAUUAAAUGCACAGUUGGUAAUCCAAUCAAUAUAUUACUCCAUUUCUCGUCAACGAAGCUCAAUUCCAUCCACAAACAACAAAAAAUGGGGUGGUUAACAAGAUUCAUAGUAGCACUAUCAUUCUUAGCAAUUGGAAUCAUCUUUUCCCCAGAAACCUUCAAAUCAGACGCCUCAAAUUCAUCAUCUCUCUCUACUUUCCUCAAACUAUCUCAUCUUCUCUGCUUCUCCUCCGCAUGGGGCGCUGCUUUGUGGGCCACCUUCAUAGGCGGUAUCAUCAUGUUCAAGAAUUUGCCAAGGCAUCAAUUUGGGAAUUUGCAGAGUAAAAUGUUCCCAGCUUAUUUUACUUUGGUGGGUGUUUGUUGUGCUAUUUCAACGGCGUCGUUUGGGUAUUUACAUCCAUGGAAAUCAUCUUCUUCUACUGAGAAGUAUCAGUUAGGGUUUUUGGGUUUUGCUUUUCUAUUUAAUCUUUCCAAUUUGCUGGUUUUCACUCCUAUGACAAUCAAGAUGAUGAAGCAAAGACACAAAGUGGAGCGGGAGAACAACAUCGGGGAAGAAGUUGGGUGGACUAAGAACAAAGAAGUUGCAAAGACAAACCCACAGCUUGCAGCAAUGAACAAGAAGUUUGGUAUGAUCCAUGGCUUGUCUUCUCUUGCGAACCUCUUUUCAUUCGGUUGCCUUGCCAUGCACUCGUGGUAUUUAGCUUGUAAACUCGACCUAUGAUUGGAUCACGCCAUCAUCUUCUCAUCAGGAAUAUUGCCAAGCUCAGUGUGGCAGUUGAAGAUUAAAGUUUAUACAGGCGUUCUUCUGAUGUUAGGCUUGUACUUGUUUCGAUGUGUAGAACUCUGUUUCUUUUCCACAGUGUUUCCAACUUUGUAAUUAUGGUGUUGGAAUUUGCAGCUGCCAUACCUUACUGAAGAUUUCAUGGUACUCCAAUAAAUUUGCCUGAGUAGUUUCUGCA